CUUCACACAGUUUGGUUGGCUGCAGUGUAAACAACUUUCCACCGAAAUCGCACGACAAACACGCUCGACAUUGUUUUGCUGCUAAAAGCGCCGCAUUUCGCGACAUUUCCCUGAUUUUUCGGCUGAUUGCGAAUCGGAGUCCAGUUAGGUUGAAGCGGAAUGGCUCGCGGCCACCAGAAGCUGCAGUCGCAGGCCAAGGCGCAGGAAAAGGCGGCCAAGAUGAAGAAACAGCAGGGCCACAGCGCCGCCGACCAGCAGAAGGCUGCCGCCAAAGCCCUCGUCUUUGCCUGCGCUAUCUGCAAGUCGCAAAUGCCGGACCCAAAGACGUACAAGCAGCACUUUGAAAACAAGCACCCGAAGAACGAUUUGCCCGAGGAGCUGAAGGGCGUGUAACCCUGGCCGCCACUUCCGAGAGAGACACAGAUUGACUCAGGCACCCACUACAAACGACAGGUUCUGGUGUUAAAAACAAUACUGAUUGUUGGUUUGAAGCCCACAAUGAAAAUGUAAAAAUUCCCCGAAUUGUGAACAACGAGUGGUGUUGCUGCGAUUUGCCUUCGUCUGGACUUUUGUGGUGAGAUCAAACUUGCCCAACACUCAUCAUGCAAUUUUAUUUUAUUUUUGUUUCCGAAUGACACAAAACUUUCAAUAAAAAUGAUUGUACCGAAUGUUGACAGAGA